ACGUGAUCUAUGCAUCUUUGGGGGCUAGAAGCUAACAGUCAGGAGCUGGAAACCUCUAAGAAAACGAGGGCUGCAACUUGAAGAGGACUCUUCAUCAGCCACUAAAGCAGUGUUUGAUUUCAUGUUGCGAUUGGGAAAGGACUGAUGCAAAACUGCAAGAACUUGAUACAUACAAUAGUAAAAGCUCUAAAUGAAAGCUGAGGACCAAUGAAAUGUAAAUGGAGUAUAAUCAAGACAUACAGAUUAGGACAAGUAAAAGCAGACAACCUGACCAUCUGAAAAAACAAGUGAAUAACAUAUUAUUAGAUAACUUUGACUAUCCUGAGGAUGCAACUGAUGAGGAGCAAGAAGACUUACCUUAUGAUGGAGACCUAGAAAGAACUUAUCACCACAAUAAUGAAUCAAAUAAUUUGAAAGCCUGUGUUUCUGUAGAAAACAUUUCUGAUAAUUUCUUAAAUUUGACCUGUUCUGAAAUUAACAGAAGUUUAAAAGAAGAAAUAAAUUAUGAAACACAACAGCUAUCUCAAGAGAAGGUCUUCAGCCACCGUACGCCCACCACAAGAACAAAUGGAAUAAUGAUUGAAAUGGCAAUAGAAGCUCCUGUGAGUGGCAUGCCUUUGGAGACAGAAUUAUCAGUUGGAGCUUUUAGCAACCUAGAUAGGAAGGAACAUUUCACCAACUCAAACAUUUCUGAUGUUCUUUUGCGUCAUUUUUCCAAAGAAGAGUUAUCAAACACAAGCCAAUUAAUUGAUUGUGAAACUAUCCCAGAAACAUCCUUUACUGAAAGUGUUGAUGAAACUGUCCUCACUAAAACUAGGAUUUCAGAAUGCACCAAGCCCACUUUACUAACAGAACAAUGGGCAAAGCAUUUUGAAGACUAUCAUUUAAACAGACAAGAAGAAAUAUCUGAAGAUGAUUACAAAGAUAAAAAUUUGCUAGAUGAAAAUAAAUUUGUUAUAGAUGACAGAGCUACUUCUUAUGGUGAUGAGAAAGACUGCAUACAAGAAAAUUCACAGUUGAUAGCUGAAAAUGAAGAUACAAAUAAUUGCCAAAACAUAAGAAAUAAUCACAGUCACCAAAAAGAUUUGUUUGAAAGAACAGGUUCAUCUCAUGAACUCAAGUAUGGUCAAGGCCAAGUUAAUUAUUGUCUUCCUGACUUCUCUAAAGUUCCUCCAAAAGUCAAAAUACCAAAAAGAAAUAACAGUGAUAAAUCAGCUCCCAUAAUGAAAAGAACCAAAUUCUCACCUAAUUUGGUUGGUAAAUCAGCAAUUGUGAAUGAUGUUUUAGAAACUAUGAAUUAUUUUGAUUCUGUUGAAGUAAAGAAUCAAGAAGAAGAAAUGAGAAUUCCUGAACUUUUACAACAGCUAGAGUUGCUGACAAAACAUGCUGAGGCUCAGAAUCGUAUUGAUCAUUUGAGGUUUGAUCCUAAGAUAUAUACUCAUUCAGCUUCUCCUAAUCCAAACCUUUCCAUUCACUCAAGAUGUAUGGGUGCAGCUUCUGAAGAGUCUGUAUUUCAUCCCCUUACUGUUCCUAUCCAGCCUCUGCUUGGUUUGUCCAAAGCAUCUUUUUCAGGAUUACAAUCUGGGAGAAUUAUUUCAUCAUUACCGUCAGCCAGUUCAGCAGGAGAAGUACACUGUUUAAAUCCUAACUUGAUGCAAAAUACAACAAAAGGAGAAAAGAUGUCUCAAAUGCUAAAGGAGCAGGCAGAGCAACUGAAAGCUAAAGUGGAAGAAUUUUCUAAAUGUGUAAUACAGGAGGCCUUCCCUUUGCAAGAUCGCUGUCUGGUAUUAAAGGAACUAAAAGGAUACCUUGACACAUUGGAACGGAAAUAUUUAGCCACUAAGGAGGAGCAUCGUGGUUUACAGCUACAGAACUACAAUCACAAAUCCAUAAGUGUUGGCGAGUUUGAUCCUGACAGAAAGGUGGAGGGGGAAAUAUUUAGGCUUGGUAUGCUGCUUGAAGAUGUCAAAGAGAAAAUUGAUGACAAUAUAUGUAGUCCAUGUCCAUCUUCAUUCACAACAUCUCCUACGUCUCCUUUGCUCACUCCAUGUGAAUCUGUGUGUUCAUCCUGUUCUUGUCUUCGUGAGAGCACUGUGGUUUCAAGCAUUAGUGAUCCUCCAGAAAGGUCUGCUACUGAAGUGAAUUUUCAUAAUAAUGAAAGGAACAAGGGAGAGAAUAGAAGUCAUGCAAUAGAUGUGAUCUCAAAGAAAACCAGUCAGCUUUCUUUACAGAAUGACAAUUGUGAUCCUUUUCCUGAAAUCCAAUUGGGAUUACAAAAAAGAGAUGCAUGUGCCUUUGUAAAAGGAAUGGAGCCCCUGGAAAAAGCAGGACUGCUAGCAAAUAAGCACUCUUCAGAUGUAAUGCAGUGUUUCCUUCCGCAUGAGGCAGACAAUGGGCCUGGAGGCCUGGAAUCGCAUAGGCAGCUUAUAUUAAGUCAAAAACGUAACACUGAUCAAGAAAACCCAAAAGGGAGUUUAAACUUUUGGCAAAUGAAGUCUCCAUCCAAAACCAAGCCUUACAAUAUGUGCAAUUUGGAACACAAAAUUAUUAAUCUAAAUGUGCGGCAAGAGCAAGGCAAUUUAGCACAUCCCUCAGAUCAUUGUUUUUGUGGAAGGGUAGAAAACUGUUCAAAUGCACAUGAUGCAGCUCUGUAUCCAAAAUGGAAAAUACACUGGUCAAAAAAUGCAAACAAAGAACUUUGUUCCUGUUCUGUCAAUAGAAAUAAAAAGACAGAGGACAGAAAAACUGAUAGUGAAAAGUCAAAAUGUGGAAGGUAUUCAGUCUUCAUUCAGGAAAAAGCAGUGGAGCUAGAUUUCUCAAGUACUAACCUUUGCAGUGAUUCAGAAGACAUCUCAUUCUGUGAUUCCUUUCAUGAGUCACACAGUGAUGAAUUUCUGGAACACCGGACUAAAAAUUAUAAAUCACGUAGAGCAGGAUUAAAAGAACAAAGCAAAGGUCUCAGCUGGAGGUGCAACAGGGGAAACAGAGAUUGGUUUAAACUUGGGAAUUAUAAAGAAUUUGUUCAGUCCUGCACCUUAUGUAGAAAUAAAAACCUCAGUUCAACUCCCUUACAAUACAGGGAUUGGAAUAUAAAUUUCUGCACUUGUUGUCAAAGAAACAAAUGCAGCAGGGAAUCUGACAAGAAUAAUAUUGCUUCUUCACAGAAGAAAAGAAUUGCCACCAAUAGUGUUUGUACAAGUAAGCAGCCAGAUCAAUUUGUAUACAGGCUUUCUGACAAAGACAACUUGGAGACUCCCAAAACCUGCUACUCAAGUAUGGAUGAUACAAUUAUCUUUUCACCUCAACACCUAGCCAGCAGGAAGGAUUAUGGAAGUAAAUCAAUUAUCAAUAUUAGAAACAGACACACCAGUUAUACUGACACAAAGAUUUUAAACUCUACUUUGGAUCAUGCAAUACAGACUGCAACCAGUUUGAAGGAAACUACAGAACGAAUGGUACAAGUUGUUGCAGAAGAUCUAGCUAAAGUCAAAACUCAUCGAAGUGAUGGAGUCCCAGAAGCUGUACUAGGAUCAGAUUAACAGAGAAUGUGUGCAUGUGCGUGGGGUGAGGUGAGGGGGCAGAGGCACACUGAUGGCAACCCUUCAGCAAGGAGAAGAGAUUCAUCCAGUGCAGGUCAUCUGUCCUUUGCAAUUGCUGCUGGAUGGUUUCCUGAUGUGUUACUUAAAGUUGCAGCCUAGUUAAACCACAUUCCUGGUGUCCUGUCUUCCUUCUGUGGUGUCUGGGACAAUAGCAGCCACCAUUAUGCCCUCUCUCAGCAUCAGCUCUGGGCAUCAGACUUUUUUUUAAAACUGAUGUUUUACU